UCAUCCUCCAUUCACUUAUAUCUUUCCUGUUAAUCCUGGAACGAAUUGACGGGCGCCCAAGACGAGCUAGCUUUUGGAAAGCUGCCUUCAGGCUUCUGCUUUAGGUGUUUGAGACUGGUUCACUCACCUCACCUAAGGGAAGACCAUCUCUGUGUAACUGCUGUCCAUAACUCUAUUUAUUUGCUCAUCUCUUUUCUCUUUCUCCGCCCGCUGUCUCAGUCCUUUUCUAUUAUUCCCUCGCCACUAGUCCACUACAACUGUUUUUUAAUAUCUCGCCCAUUUCCGAAUUUCUAACACGCAUUGGAUUUGUAUCUAUUAUCCGAAUUCCAAAUAUAGAGCACACAAAUGCUAAGCUCUUCCAACCCUGCCAAGUUUGCUGCCCUUCCUCCCAAGAACAGUACUACGAUAGCUUCUAUGGAUCAGAUCAAUGGAGGGAAGAGAAAGAGAAGGCCUGCGGGAACUCCAGAUCCGGACGCGGAGGUGGUGUCGCUGUCGCCGCGGACGCUGCUGGAGGCGGACCGGUACGUGUGCGAGAUCUGCGGGCAGGGGUUCCAGAGGGAGCAGAACCUGCAGAUGCACCGGCGGCGGCACAAGGUGCCGUGGAAGCUGGUGCGGCGCCAGCAGGGAGGCGAGGCGUCGGGGAGGAAUACCAAGCGGGUGUUCGUGUGCCCCGAGGCGAGCUGCCUGCACCACGACCCGCGGCACGCGCUCGGCGACCUCGUCGGCAUCAAGAAGCACUUCCGCCGGAAGCACAGCAACCACCGACAGUGGGCCUGCGACCGGUGCGGCAAGGCCUACGCCGUCCACUCCGACUACAAGGCCCACCUCAAGACCUGCGGCACCCGCGGCCACUCCUGCGACUGCGGCCGCGUCUUCUCCAGAGUAGAGAGUUUCAUAGAGCACCAAGAUUCAUGCGACGCCAACCGAGCAGGACGGCCGAGCAGCCAAUCGCCAGCACGGCCUCCACUCGCCCUCUCCAUCGCCGCCGCCUCCACCGCCGCCGCCGCCGCAGUGGCUCCAAACUCAGCAGCAGCAGCAGCGCCGCCAUUUCUUCCGAUGUUCAUGCGGCCGCCGCCGCCGCCGCCGCCAAUAAUUAUUCCGAACGACCACCGCGUGCGCCACCACCACAACCUCGAGCUCCAGCUGCUCCCCGCCACCUCCUACAACAGCUUCCUCCGCCGCGAGCUUCGCGUCUCCAUCCCGCCCGACGAAGAAGCGGCGACCUCCACGGAGCUGCAGCUAUCGAUCGGGCCUCCGGGAGUUACUAAUGCGGCGGCGGAAGCGAGAGACGACGAAGAAGCGGCGGAGAAGGAGUUCGCCGACGCGAAGCGGAUCCGGCAGCAGGCGCGGGCGGAGCUGGAGAACGCCUACGUGUUGAGGGAGCGCGCGAAGAAGCGGAUUGCGUCGGUGCUUCUCCAAAUCACGUGCCAUUCUUGUAGGAAGCAGUGGCCGUCCAAACUAUCUCCGUCCACGAGCUCCAAUCACGACACUAAUUGAUUGAUUGAUUGGAUGAACUGAAUUCGACAAUCUUCUUCCAUCUAUUAAUCAAGUGGAAUGCUAAGUGUCGACUGGUAAAGUUCUUGGUUUGUGUAUUUUUAUUACUUUAAUGGUGUUUUCCAAUUA